UUCCUGUAAUUUCAGUCUUUUGCGUAAAAUUCUCAGUUCGUUUUCGUUUGGUCAGUCGAUUUCUGAAUACUCUACCAAAAUGCAUGCUCGUAAAUGUCAGUGUAAAAAGAUAUUUCCCAUUGUUAAGACACUAGAGGAGGCGACAAAUACCUCGUUCAUCAGUGAAAGGAAUUCUUCGCCGAUUUUGCCAGUCGAAAAGGACUUAUCAGAGCAAGAGCUCAAGUCGUAUCACACGGCAGACUCUGAUGACGAUGAUGCUACACCCGCGACUAAGCAUGAUGAGCAUGCCACAAAAAAGGGACGCGUAUUCGGGGUCUCCGGCCCGGUGGUCAACGCCGAGCAGAUGGCCGGCUCGGCCAUGUACGAGCUGGUCCGCGUGGGCCACUAUCGCCUGGUGGGCGAGAUCAUUCGACUGGAGGGCGACAUGGCCACCAUACAGGUGUACGAGGAUACCUCGGGCGUCAGCGUCGGCGAUCCCGUCUAUCAGACCGGCAAGCCGCUCUCUGUCGAGCUGGGCCCCGGCAUAAUGGGCGCGAUAUUCGAUGGCAUUCAGCGGCCGCUGCGCGACAUCAGCGAGCUGAUGCAAUCCAUUUAUGUGCCAAAAGGGGUCGAUGUCAACUGCCUCUCGCGCUCCGCUGAAUUCGAGUUCAUUCCGUCGAGCAAUAUACGCAUUGGCGAGCCGAUCGUUAGCGGCGACAUCUACGGCACCGUCCAGGAGAACAGCAUGGUGGAGCACCGCUUGAUGAUCUCACCACGCCAACUGGGCAAUGUCACCUACAUCGCUCCCGCUGGCAACUAUAAUAUCGAGGAGACGGUCAUCGAGACGGAGUUCGAUGGCCAGAAGACCGAGCACUCGAUGCUCCAGGUGUGGCCAGUGCGCAACAGUCGGCCGGUCAUCGAGAAGCUGCCGGGCAACCAUCCCCUGCUGACUGGCCAGCGUGUCCUCGACGCCUUCUUCCCCUGCGUCCAGGGCGGCACCACAGCCAUACCGGGCGCCUUUGGCUGCGGCAAGACUGUCAUCUCACAGGCUCUGUCCAAGUACUCCAACUCCGAUGUCAUCAUCUAUGUUGGCUGCGGCGAGCGCGGCAAUGAAAUGUCCGAGGUGCUGCGAGACUUUCCCGAGCUCAAGAUCGAAGUGAAUGGUGUCAACGAAUCCAUAAUGAAGCGCACAGCCCUGGUGGCCAACACCUCCAACAUGCCCGUGGCCGCCCGCGAAGCGUCCAUUUACACUGGCAUCACUAUAUCCGAGUACUUCCGUGACAUGGGCUACAAUGUGGCCAUGAUGGCCGACUCCACCUCCCGUUGGGCCGAGGCGCUGCGUGAGAUCUCUGGUCGCCUGGCUGAGAUGCCUGCCGAUGCGGGCUACCCCGCCUAUUUGGGCGCACGUUUGGCCUCCUUCUACGAGCGAGCGGGCCGCGCCACGUGCCUGGGCAGUCCGGAGCGUGAGGGUUCCGUGUCCAUAGUGGGCGCUGUCUCCCCUCCUGGUGGUGACUUCUCCGAUCCCGUUACCUCGGCAACAUUGAGCAUUGUGCAGGUGUUCUGGGGCCUCGACAAGAAGCUGGCCCAGCGCAAGCACUUCCCCUCCGUCAAUUGGCUGCAGUCGUAUUCGAAGUACACGCGAGCGCUCGACCACUACUAUGAGGAGCAGAGUCCGGAGUUUGUGGAAUUGCGCGACACGGCCAAGCAAAUACUGCAGGAGGAGGACGACCUGUCCGAAAUCGUGCAGCUGGUGGGCAAAACAUCGCUGAACGAGUCCGACAAGAUAACGCUGGAGGUGGCCAAGAUGCUGAAGGACGACUUCCUGCAGCAGAACUCGUACAGCCCGUACGACUGCUACUGCCCCUUCUACAAGACGGUGGGCAUGCUCAAGAAUAUGAUCACCUUCUACCAUCAGGCCAUCCAGGUGGUCAAGAAUACGGCCGGACAAGAGAAACAUGUCACCUGGGGUCACAUACGGGAGCAGUGCAGCGACUUGCUCUACGAGCUGGGCACCAUGAAGUUCAUAGAUCCCAAGGAAGGCCAGCAAGCUGUCGAGCAGCAGAUGGAGAAGAUCUAUGAGAACACCAUCAAGACUUUGCAAGAUUUGGAGUCCAAUGUGGCGUCGCUCGACUAGUGUUAAUUCCCAAAAUUGAAUAA